AUGGGGGAUACCUGCCGUGGUGGAAGCACCGGGCUGGCCUUCCUCCUCCACAGUCCCAGGCCCUCCAAGUGCAACCACGUCACAUCCCUCCCCUACUACGGUGCAUCCUCGCUGGGCUACUCCACCACUGGGCUACUCCACCGCUGGGCUACUCCACCGUUGGGCUACUCCACCACUGGGCUACUCCACCACUGGGCUACUCCACCGCUGGGCUACUCCACCGCUGGGCUACUCCACCGCUGGGCUACUCCACCACUGGGCUACUCCACCGCUGGGCUACUCCACCACUGGGCUACUCCACCGCUGGGCUACUCCACCGCUGGGCUACUCCACCACUGGGCUACUCCACCGCUGGGCUACUCCACCACUGGGCUACUCCACCCCUGGGCUACUCCACCGCUGGGCUACUCCACCGCUGGGCUACUCCACCGUUGGGCUACUCCACCACUGGGCUACUCCACCGCUGGGCUACUCCACCGUUGGGCUACUCCACCACUGGGCUACUCCACCGCUGGGCUACUCCACCGCUGGGCUACUCCACCGCUGGGCUACUCCACCGCUGGGCUACUCCACCGCUGGGCUACUCCACCGCUGGGCUACUCCACCACUGGGCUACUCCACCGCUGGGCUACUCCACCGCUGGGCUACUCCACCGUUGGGCUACUCCACCACUGGGCUACUCCACCACUGGGCUACUCCACCACUGGGCUACUCCACCGCUGGGCUACUCCACCACUGGGCUACUCCACCGUUGGGCUACUCCACCCCUGGGCUACUCCACCGCUGGGCUACUCCACCACUGGGCUACUCCACCGCUGGGCUACUCCACCACUGGGCUACUCCACCACUGGGCUACUCCACCACUGGGCUACUCCACCGCUGGGCUACUCCACCGUUGGGCUACUCCACCGCUGGGCUACUCCACCACUGGGCUACUCCACCGCUGGGCUACUCCACCGCUGGGCUACUCCACCACUGGGCUACUCCACCACUGGGCUACUCCACCGCUGGGCUACUCCACCACUGGGCUACUCCACCGCUGGGCUACUCCACCACUGGGCUACUCCACCACUGGGCUACUCCACCACUGGGCUACUCCACCGUUGGGCUACUCCACCGCUGGGCUACUCCACCACUGGGCUACUCCACCGCUGGGCUACUCCACCGUUGGGCUACUCCACCGCUGGGCUACUCCACCACUGGGCUACUCCACCACUGGGCUACCGCUGUCCCCUGGGGGACUACCAAACAGGAUGGGACUGA